AUGCUUGGAGGAGAUAUGCUUCUCGAUGAUUAUAAGUUCUCAGUUGGUAACAAGAGAGAACUAUUUAAUAUUGAUCCAAAUCCUACUACAUGGACUCUUGCGAUCUCCACAAUUUUUGCAAUGAUGUCAAGAUGUGAUUCAUUACAGCUCGAUGCACACUUCUAUUGUUGCAUGCUAAGAUCAGUCAUAAUGUAA